CUCCAGCUAUCUCUGAAGUAUGGACCUGUGUCCACCAUUCACUUUGGCCCAAAGAAAACUGUGGUUCUUGCAGGCUAUAAGGCAGUGAAAGAAGCUCUCAUCAAUUUUGCUGAAGAAUUUGGGGACCGAGACAUGGCACCUAUAUUCAAGGAUAUUACAAAAGGGCACGGCAUCGUGUUUGCCAAUGGAGACUCAUGGAAGGAGAUGAGGCGCUUUGCACUAUCAACCCUUCGUGACUUUGGGAUGGGAAAACGAGGGAUUGAGGAGAAAAUUAUUGAGGAGAUCCACUACAUGACAGAGGUGUUUGCAAACGUCAAAGUAUGCUUCUGGUGGCAGCUGUACAACAUCUUUCCAAGGUUGCGCCCUUGGCUGAAGGUAUGGACCAGCCUGAUGAACACUAUUGAGGUCAGCUUGGAGCAGGAGAGAGAACUUAUAAGGAAACUCCAGGAAACUCUGAAUUCUGAGGACAAGAGAGGCUUUGUAGAUGCCUUCCUUCUCCGACAGCAGGAAGUCAAGAAGUCUGGGGAGCAAGUUUCUCAGUACUAUCACAAGAAGAACCUUCUCUACACCGUAACCAACCUUAAUGCAGCUGGAACUGACACCACUGCGACCACACUGUGUUGGGGGCUGCUGUUUAUGGCCAAAUACCCCCAUAUCCAAGACCGUGUCCAGGAGGAGCUGGACAGGGUCAUUGGGGGUCGGCAGACUCGAGUGGAGGACAGGAAGAACCUGCCGUAUACUGACGCUGUGGUCCAUGAGAUACUGAGGAUGGCCAACAUAGUUCCUCUGAAUCUCCCACAUGUCACAAGCUGUGACGUGGUCUUCCAGGGAUACCACAUCAGGAAGGGAACUGCUGUCAUCCCAUUGUUGACAUCUGUACUAAGAGAUGAGAGUGAAUGGGAGAGUCCCAAUACCUUCAACCCCGGCCACUUCCUGGAUGAUCAGGGUCGGUUCAUGAAGAGGGAUGCCUUCAUGCCCUUCUCUGCAGGACGCCGAGUAUGCCUGGGAGAGAGUCUGGCCAGGAUGGAGAUCUUCCUCUUCUUCACCUCACUCCUGCAGAAGUUCAGGUUCACUCCACCUCCUGGGCUGUCUGAAUCUGACCUGGACCUCACUCCAACUGUUGGGUUGAUCUACAACCCGCCUACACAUAAACUGUGUGCUGUAAGCCGGGCUUGAAGCUCCUGAACUUUGAUGGUUUUAUGUAGUAAGAUAUCAUCCUCCACAUGGCUUGAGUAAUUACAGCAAAUAAAAUGUGAAAAAAUAAUAGAUUGUAUGUGUCAUUGCAUGUGUUAUAGAACAAGAACAAAAACUGAAAUCCACAAUAUGUUUGCACAGUAUUUACUGUAUAAAGAACAUUUCACCAUAUAAAUGAAUACAUAUUGUAUUAUA